AUUAAGGUACAUUCAUGAAAAGAAUUAUACUCAUCAUGACUUGCAAUCAAGAUUUUUAUUACGAAUAGGAGAUUUAGGAUUAUGUCAACAAUUAAUAGAUAAAAAUGAGAAUCCAAAUGAAAUCUUUGGAGUCAUUUCAUACCUGGCACUUGAUUGGCCCAAGUACAAUCUCAUAAUAUUGCCAAUGAUGAUGAUGGUGUUGUUGUUGUCAAAGGUUAUAACCGGUAGUGCAGGUGUUGUUGGUAGUGAUGAUGUUAAUGACAGUGGUAAUCCUUUGUCUGCGACGCCUACUGAACAACCAUACACUUCAACUUAUCAACAUCCUACAAAACCUCAAGACUCUUCCACUUCUUCUUCCUCUUCAUAUAAUUAUCAGCAUGGAUAUAAUAAUAGUAGUUCUGACGACUCAUCAUAUCAAUCAGCUCCAACAUCCAUGCCCGUGCCAAAUUCUUAUUUUCCAGCCAAAACACACGAGGAUGGUGACGAUGGUAGGGAUGAUGAUAGUGAAAGAGGAACAGGAAACACAUUUGAUUUGGGAGAUUCUUUCACAGCAAAUCCUGGAAUAACAGGUCAUGACCCAUCAAAAUUGAAUACGAAUUUGGAUGAUUAUAACACACGUAAAAGACCUAGUAUAUAUCGAUUUAUUGCAAGAUUUAUUCAAUUAAUAGCAAAUAUUGGAACUUUUGUCUUUAUACUUUGCGCACCUAUCUAUUCAAAACAAGGCAAACCGGAUUUCAUUCCACAAAAUUUAGUCGUUGGCAUAUAUAUUGUCUCAAUUGUAUCAAUAUUGGUAUCACUUGGCUAUUUGAUGUUUUACGGUGUUAGAAGAUUUCGUACCAAGACUAAAAAGCUUUCUCGUUGGAUCUUGCUUUUAGUUGAUGGUAUUUUUGGAGCAAGUUAUGGAUUGUUGAUGGUAUUUUCAAUAAAAGAUACUAGAUGUGGAAUUGGUCAAGAAAAUGGAUGGUAA